GCUGAUAUACAGCGUUGUGUCCGAGUCUACAAGAGACUGUGUCCAGCCUGAUCUCAGAGACAGAGAGACAGCACUUAUAAAGGACAUCAUGAGUAAGUUGGGCUCGCUGAGUCAGUUGAGUAAGCGCGGUAAGAAUACAUGUAACGGUGCUGCAGCGGUGGAGCAGGUGUGCAUGGUGGAGUGCACAUCUGCCUGUUCCUACAGUACUUCCACUCCAUGCAUCUGUACACCACCACCACCACGUAAGGAUGGACUGCAGAAGGUUAAGGAAAGUGGAGGUCCUCUGGAGCCAUUGGCCUUCGAUAAUUUUGCCUAUGAAGCAGGGAGUCUUAGUGAACUUGGACCCAGUGCAAGCCAUCUAAAUCGGAUAAAUCUACUUCUCACAGGUCUUUCCUCACCAGAAAGAGCUCAGACCCUACAUUCACGACUUUCUGUACUCAGAGGAAUAGCAAAUUUGUUUAUUUCCUUAUCUGGUUGCCAAGCCUGGAUAGACUAUUAUCCAUCUACAGUCACGACGCAAGAGAUCCUACAGGAGAUCAAGGAAAUGGGAUUUGAAGUGACAGAAGUUUCUAAUGUGUCCCCUUUUAAUGGACCAACAUUGAUUGAGAGUGUGGUGAGGAUCAGGAUAGAGGGGAUGAGCUGUCACUCAUGCGUAUGCUCUAUUGAGGAUCGGAUUGGAGUGCUGCCAGGGGUCAAAGGUAUUAAAGUGUCUUUAAGUGAGAGAGAAGCUGUGAUAUGGUACAAUGCAAAGAAUGUGAAGCCUGAGGAUCUGAGGGAGCACAUCGAAGACAUGGGUUUUCAGGCAUUUUUAGAGGACUCAACUUUACAGCAGAUACCACAAGCUGAAUGGGUCGAGGCGAGGUUAAGAGUGGAAGGCAUGCGUAAUGCGUCUUGUGUAAAAAAUAUUACUCAAAGUUUAUCUGCUAUUCUAGGAGUCAAGAAUGUGCUUGUUUCUUUGGAUUGCAAAAGCGUGGAUUUCAAAUAUGACACUGCUCUGGUCAACUUGGCCACAAUCAAGGAUCUGUUGGAGAAACUUCCUCCUGGGAAUUUGAGAGUUUGUCUUCCAAGUGAGAAUUCACAACUGAGAACUAAUGAUUUGAUUAACUUUCAAGAGACUGGGUCACAUUCCUCAGACAAUAAUUUUCUUCAGAAAUUAAGAGUUGAAAUAAAAGGAAUGACAUGCAACUCUUGUGUACAGUCCAUAGAAGGAUUGAUAUCCAAACGAGAUGGAGUGCAUGCUAUAACAGUUUAUCUGAAGGAACAAGAGGGAAUAAUUACAUUUGACCCCAGCCUUACCUGUCCUGCAGACCUCAGGAAGGCUAUUGAAGAUAUGGGCUUUGAAGCACACCUGGGGCAAGAUUCUGUUCUCAGUGAAGUCUUACCCAGCCAGCCACAUGAAAACACAUCCUCUCACUUCAAGAACACAAAUCUACCUCCAGUCAUGCCCCAGAGCCCCAAAUCUCUGGCAGCUUCGAAAAAUCCAGCAAGAACUGUAGCUUUUAAAGAUGAGAAGACAGAAAAAUGCUUCAUUCAGGUAACAGGGAUGACUUGCGCUUCAUGUGUAGCCAACAUUGAGAGGAACCUGCUCAAACAUAAAGGGAUUAAAUCAGUCCUGGUUGCCCUUAUGGCGGGUAAGGCUGAGAUCAAGUAUGAUCCAGAGUGUAUGGAUCCAUUUAAGAUAAUGAGACUCAUCUCAGAUCUGGGCUUUGGAGCUUCUCAAAUAGAUGAGGCUGCGGUUAAAGAUGGUGUUCUUGACCUUUCUGUGACAGGUAUGACAUGUGCUUCUUGUGUCCAUAAAAUCGAAACCAAACUCUGCAGGACAGAGGGCAUUUUAGAGGCAUCUGUAGCCUUGGCGACCAGCAAGGCUCAUGUGAAAUUCAAUCCAGAUGUGGUUGGCGCCCGGGACAUCAUUAAAGUCAUAGAGGGUCUGGGGUUUGGAGUGUCCUUAAUAAAGAAUGAUGUUUUAAGAAGGAACGAUCGUUUGGACCACCAGGAGGAAAUACGGCAGUGGCGUCGAACAUUUUUGUUCAGUUUGAUCUUUGGUGUCCCUGUCAUGGGUCUGAUGAUCUAUAUGAUGGUAAUGGAAAAGCAACAUGGGGAACAUGGAGGAUCAAUGCCAGAAGAGCAGAACAUCCUGCCUGGACUCUCCAUCCUCAACCUGGUCUUUUUUAUCCUCUGUACACCUGUUCAGGUAUUUGGAGGUCGCUACUUCUAUAUCCAAGCUUAUCGAUCUCUAAAACACGGCGUGGCGAACAUGGAUGUGCUAAUAGUUCUGGCCACCACUAUCGCGUAUGUUUACUCAUGCGUGGUGCUGGUUGUAGGCAUGUGUGAAGGGGCCAAGCAGAGUCCUGUCACAUUUUUCGACACACCUCCAAUGCUGUUUGUCUUUAUUGCCCUUGGACGCUGGCUGGAGCACAUUGCUAAGAGCAAGACAUCAAAAGCACUGGCCAAACUCAUGUCUCUGCAGGCCACUGAUGCCACCAUUGUUACAUUGGGUGAGGACAACUCCAUGAUCAGUGAGGAGCAGGUCUCGGUGGAGCUGGUACAGAGAGGGGACGUGGUUAAAGUAGCACCCGGUGGAAAGUUUCCUGUUGAUGGAAAAGUGAUUGAGGGAAGUUCAGCAGCAGAUGAAUCUCUCAUUACAGGUGAGCCUAUGCCCGUCCGGAAGAAACCCGGCAGCUGUGUGAUUGCUGGAUCUAUUAAUGCACAUGGAGCUUUGCUGGUGGAGGCCACACAUGUUGGAACAGAUACAACACUCUGCCAGAUCGUCCGACUGGUAGAAGAAGCACAGACAUCCAAGGCGCCGAUCCAGCAAUUAGCAGACAGAUUAAGUGGCUACUUUGUCCCUUUCAUUGUCAUUGUCUCUGUGGCAACCUUGGCAGCAUGGCUCAUUGUUGGUUCUCUUGACUUUGACAUCGUGGUGAAGUAUUUUCCCGGCUAUAAUAAUAAUAUUUCACGGACGGAUGUAAUUGUGCGUUUUGCCUUCCAAGCAUCCAUCACUGUUCUGUCUAUUGCCUGUCCUUGCUCACUUGGCCUGGCUACCCCAACGGCAGUGAUGGUAGGCACCGGGGUGGGUGCACAGAAUGGCAUUCUCAUCAAGGGUGGAGAGCCGCUAGAGAUGGCACACAAGAUCAAAACAGUGAUGUUCGACAAAACAGGCACCAUAACUAACGGGGUGCCACGGGUGACCCGGGUGCUGAUUUUGUGGGAUCAGGCACGAUUGCCCCUCCGUAAAGUCCUGGCCGUGGUGGGCACUGCGGAAGCCAGCAGUGAACAUCCGCUGGGCAUGGCAGUUGCCAAACACUGCAAAGAGGAGCUGGGUACAGAUAUACUGGGUUACUGCCAUGACUUCCAGGCUGUGCCAGGCUGUGGAAUCAGCUGCAAAGUUUCCAACAUCGAGAAGCUGCUUCAGAACAGUUUGGAGACACAAACACAACAAGCACAACAACCGGCCUGUCUCACUAUACAGGGAGCCACAGCAGAUGAGAGUAGCCUGGUUGGAGAAGAAAUCUCGGGCACAGAAAGCUCCUCAUACUCUGUGUUGAUUGGGAACAGACAGUGGAUGCAGAGAAACUGUAUACCUGUCUCAGCUGAUGUGGAUGAAGCCAUGAGCAGCCAUGAAACAAAAGGCCAGACUGCCAUCUUGGUGGCUAUAGAUGGUGUUCUGUGUGCCAUGCUAGCUAUAGCAGAUACAGUGAAAGAGGAAGCAGCUUUGGCUGUACACACUCUGAACAGAAUGGGGAUAGAUGUUCUCUUGAUUACUGGAGAUAACAGACGUACUGCUAAAGCCAUUGCCACACAGGUUGGUAUCAAAAAGGUGUUUGCUGAGGUCUUACCCUCUCACAAGGUGGCUAAAGUGCAGGAGCUGCAGGAGAAGGGGCUGAAGGUGGCCAUGGUGGGUGAUGGGGUCAAUGACUCGCCUGCUCUUGCUCGUGCAGACCUGGGCAUUGCCAUUGGCACAGGCACAGAUGUGGCCAUUGAGGCGGCAGACAUAGUCCUCAUACGAAAUGAUUUGCUGGAUGUUGUGGCCAGUAUAGAGCUGUCCAAAAAGACGGUGCAAAGAAUACGAAUCAACUUUGUGUUUGCUCUCAUUUACAACCUGCUCGGCAUUCCCAUCGCAGCAGGGGUAUUUAUGCCUGUUGGUUUUGUGCUUCAACCAUGGAUGGCUUCAGCCGCCAUGGCAGCCUCGUCCAUUUCUGUGGUGCUUUCCUCUUUACUGCUGCGGCGUUACAAGAAGACGUCAGUGGAUCAGUAUGAAUCGAGAGCUCAGGGGCACAUGAGCAGCCUAAGUUCUUAUCAGGUCAGCACUCAUGUUGGUUUAGAGGAGAGGCAAUGUAGUCCUCAUGCCUUCCACCGAGGACGCUCCAGAAUCAGCCAGGACAGCCAUGGAUCACUUUCUCCUAGAGUUAAUCAAUCACUCAUAGACCUUGAUCGUCACUCACUACUGGAGUAUGAGCAGAGCGGUCUAGAGGUUGUAGUGUGAGUAAAAGAGACAGGUACAAAUCUUGCAUCAUAUGUAAAAGAAAAAAAUGAAAAUCCAGGAUUAGAUUUUAUUUCCCAGCAGUUUCUCUGCAGUUACUGGCAAGUGAAUCUGCAAAACAGAAUUUUUUUAAUAUGCUCAUCUGACCUCCCAUGAUGACAUACAAAGUACUUAAGGUCUGAUUCAUAAAACAUCCUACAGCAUCAAAAGAUGCAAUGAUUUUAAUGUGCAUAUCUUUUUCCCCUCAUUUACAUAUCAUUUGCAGUUGACAUGCCCCGAUUUAUCUUAAUUUAAAUGAAAAUCCACCUGCAGGUGGAAAAUUUCAUGCAGGUGACAUAACAUCAGAGAAAAAACAAAAAUGAAUAAUAUCAGUUAAAUUAGUUAAUAUAUUGUCGCUGUCUGAUAAAAAACACAUCUCAGUUCAACGGUUUCAUAGGUAAAAUGGACUUGUACAAAUAUAAAUCAUGUUUACAACCAUGCAAUUGAAUAACCUGAAUAAACUGUAUAGAUCAAACAUUACGCAUUUCUCAAACAGUACCGGAGGAUAAGGAAGAGGAGAUACGUGGUUUUGAUGGACAGGUCUAGCAGCCAAUGGAGAUACUCAUUAAAGAGAUGGCAUGAUUUUUCAUCUUUUCAUUGGUCAGUUUGAUAUUCGCUGCUAUGGACAGACAGAGAUUUAUACCCACAAUCAACACAUGUAAAAAGUGAAAACCGCUAAAAGUGGAGAUACGUGUUUUUCAUCGAACAGUGACGAUAUACAGAUGUGUUUCAGUAGUCUUGAAAGUGACCUUAAAAGGAUUACAAAAAACAAACAAAAAAACAUGUGGCUUGCAGCAUGUCUAUUACUAAUUGUAAUUAUAAUCAGGCAUAAGAAGCCAUUUAUACAAAUCUAAAAUAUUACAAAAAAGAUGCAUGAGUAUUGAUUAUGAGAAAAUGCCUAAGGAGUCUAAAGUAGCUCAUGAGCCGUUGGUUUACAUAAUGCUCACAUUCACAUUUAAGUCAUUUAGAGGUGCAAAUGUGACACGAUUGCCGCCAAUCCUAUUUACUAUUUUUACUCACUUCUUAAUUAAAGAAAUAAAUAAGUGCUGGGAUUUCUGUAUUAUAUUAAAAUUGUGUAAAUACCUUUAAUGAAACAACCUCAAAUCAAGCAUUUGUAAGUUUGUCAAAUCAAAUGAAUGUGCACAGAUUGUACAGAUAUUCCCUAGAUUAAAUUGAUUUAUAAUAAAACUAUGAGUGACUUUUUCCAUAUGCUCAGUUUACAGUCUGAUUUGUUCUAUGAAAUGUUGAUAAAUAAGUGCUGAUGAACUUUGCAAUUUUACCUCAGCUUGGGUGUCCUGCUGGCAGGAUGACAUUUUUGUUUACUGAGAGUAAUACAGUUUGUUGUCCCUGAAACUUAAGCUAUUGAUCUGAACAUGAAUCCCAUAUAUUAAUGUGGGUGAUUUCCUUUUAAUGUUCUGUAGAAAAAUAAAGUUUGUUUUGCUGA